AUGGCCAUUUCUGGUUUCAUACCCAUCAGCAGCAGCAUCAGCAUCAGCAUCAUCAUCAUCAUCAUCAUCAUCAUCAUCAUCAUCAUCAUCAUCAUCAUCAUCAUCAUCAUCAUCAUCAUCAUCAUCAUCAUCAUCAUCAUCAUCAUCAUCAUCAUCAUCAUCAUCAUCAUCAUCAUCAUCAUCAUCAUCAUCAUCACCAUCAUCAUCAUCACCACCACCACCACCACCAUCAUCAUCAUCAUCAUCAUCAUCAUCAUCAGCAGCAGCAGCAGCAGCAGCAGCAGAAGCAGCAGCAGCAGCAACAUCAUCAUCAUUAUCAUCCAACCAUAG